AUGGCUUUUCCCCAAUGUUUUCCAUCCGAUGGCAACGACUCCAGCUUCAAGGUCAACGAAAAAGACGAGUGCGUCCCAAUAUCAAGGUUCAAGCCUAUUGAAAAUCUCGAUUUAUUUUACGAAUCAAACAAAAAUUUUCUGCAAACUGCUUACCGAGAUAUAAAUGAAAAAAAGCUACCACGGCCCUCUAUUUUGGAAGAUUAUCAUGACAACUGUGCGUUUGUUGGCCUAAAUUUUGAUGAUUUCAAAGUGACCCUAAACCCCAAUAUUUUGCCGAUUUUGGAAUCUGAACAAAAGGCCCUUUACGGCAAAAGAUGCGCAGCCAUUCAGAAGUACAGAAGCACGCUCCAUUCUUGGAAAAAAGAUAUAAAAUCCAAAAGUACCAAUAACAAUCCGGGGAUAUUGAUCAAGAAAAACUCGAUUCAACCCUCUUCAAGCAAAGCCACCAGGCCAGUUCUUCUACGCUCACGGACAUCCUCAAAUCAGUCUCGAGAUUCAAGCGUGGAUGUAAACUAUUCUAGCGAUUCCGUUCGAUCGGAAGAGGAGCUGAACAGGGUUUUGUUGUCUCUGU